AGUUCGCGAACGGUUGUGUUUGGCGGGUCCUGCUUACCGCAAACUUUAGUGUACUUGACCCACCCCAAAGGAUAAUUAUCAAUCAACUAAUGGAUACAAGAAGUUGUCUCUGAAUUGUGUGCACCAAGUUGUCAGUGACCAAUUACUCUAACACUUCAUGUGGAAGUUGGAAUGGAUUAUUAGGUGGUGAAGGAUAAGGAAGAUGAAGAGACUACUAAUAUACGAUGUAAUGCGGACAAAUUUGCAUUCAAACUGAAAUAUCAAUUUGGUAAUGAUGUAGUGGAAAGAAUAUGACUCAUAUCAAGAAUGGUCAAUAUUAAUAAUUUAUGGCCAAACAUAUCAAACGGAUCUCCAUGAUAGAAGAAGAGCUUAUGGCGUGGGCUCUUCUGCUGCUUUUCUUCGUACACCAAGGGGCAGAUGGGUCUCGUAGAUUCAGAACAGACUUCCUACAAGACCUUCCCACCCCUGGAACAGGUCCAUCCUUUGAUACUUCCAUCCCUAGCAACCUAACAGGUCUGGUGGGGAAAACCGCUUAUCUCAACUGUCGAGUGAGGAAUCUAGGCAACAGAACGGUAUCAUGGGUUCGACACAGGGAUAUUCAUCUACUGACGGUUGGUAGAUACACCUACACUAGUGAUCAAAGGUUUGAGGCAGUCCAUUCCCCACACACGGAAGAUUGGACGCUAAGGAUAAGAUAUCCUCAGAAGAAGGACACGGGUAUAUACGAGUGUCAGAUCAGUACUACUCCUCCUAUAGGACAUCCAGUCUACCUAAAUGUUGUUGAACCUAUCACCAACAUUCUGGGAGGGCCAGAACUUUUCAUCAACAAAGGCAGCACCAUCAACCUGACCUGCCUUGUGGAGUUUGCUCCUGAACCACCUCCCAUCAUGCUGUGGAGCCAUAACCGUGAGCCAAUAAACUUUGACUCGCCACGUGGAGGGGUGAGUCUCGUCACAGAGAAGGGGGUGGUCACCAACAGCAGAUUGUUGAUACAGAACGCUGUACACACAGACAACGGAGUGUACACAUGCGACCCGUCCAACGCCAACUCGGCUAGCAUACGGGUGCACAUACUCAACGGAGAGCACCCAGCAGCCAUGUACCAUGGAGCCUCUAGUCCACUAAGACCUCCCUUACUCUACGCCCUCGUCUGCACUCUCCUACUGCAGAUGGUUAUAUAGCAGAAGUUGUGCCGGGUAACCUGAACCUCGGCACUUUGUGACUGACAGACGUUCUAGAUUUUACAUUUCAAAAUUCGUAACCGGACCUAACCCGCUUUCAAAAAUAUCGCCGUCAAUGACUGACGAUUAAAUAAGUUUUUGAAACCCACGUAAACGUGACUAGUGUGAAAUGGGAAGGUUUUGAAGUGCUUUCAAGAGUGUACAGCUUUCGAAGACACAAAUAAAGUAAUAGAUUCUGCAAAGGUGGAGGAAAUGUAAUAUUUUCCAGGAACAUUUGAAGUGUUGUUAAGUUUGUAAACGCUGUGAAGUGUGCAAAGUGAAGUGGUAUGAACAGGUUUCUGACCAAGCUGCAAUAAAUGCUCAAGCAAACGAAGAAUCCCUAAUAUUUGUACUUGUUAUUGAUGAAAGACUGAAAAGGAUGAUACUUAAACUGAAAGUUACCGUUAAUAGAUGUGCAAUUUAUCGUUUAACGAAUAAAAGUAUUUGAAAUAAAACGAUAUGUUUAUAUAUUUGUAAGUAUCGCUAUGCUAAAGUGAUUUGUUAAGUUGUUUUCAUGAAGUUACCUAGGUAAAUAAAGCUAUAAAAUAGCAUAACUUCAACGAAUUAAGAAUAAUUUAACCACAACAAUUUUAUCGGGAUCACUUUUGUUCAAACAGAUUAGUUUUUUGAAAAACAGUUUAACGCCUUUAUGCUAUACAUUUAAUAUUUGCUAGUUUAUUCAUUUACUGUUCGCAAAUAUUCUUUGGAUUAAUUUGGAAAACAAUUAUGCAAUUUUUAACGAAUCGAAAUUUCGAUAAAAUAAUUAAAAAAUUAUUUCUAUUCAAUUGAACGUGAAAAGCAAAUUCCACGGAUAUAUUUCAAUUAGACGAGGUGUGUUAAUUGAAUAUGAUGCUAUUUGGUUAAGUGGAUAAUGGACCAAUUUGAUCAUAUUAAAAUAUAUUACGCCCUUAUUAAUGGGUUUAAAUACAGGCAUACCUGAACCAUCAUAUCUAUAGACUGUAUUAACACGUUUUAUAACGGUGGUUUUGACUCUGAAAUUUUCAAUUGUUUUUGCAUAUGGCUGUAAUAACAUAAUUUGUAACUUUUGUGUUAUGUCUUCAAUUUUUACAUAUCUGUCGAUGGGUUUUAACCUAAACAAUGUAUUAUAUACUGAGAAUUGAAAACUAUCAAUAAAUACAACAUGUUUGCAUUAAAACUAUUUAGUUUACAACUAUGAAAAUAAAUAACAAUUUAUAAAUGUACUUCAUGAUAAGAAUUAAAUAACCAUUUGAUUACUUUUAUUAAUGGCCUUUAUAUUAAACUAAAUUUUAAAUACAAAUAAAUGGUCCAAAUUGUUGAAA